UGGGCUGCAGGCCUGGCGGACACUCGCGCCCUGCCUCCGCCGCUGCCUGUCUGCGCCGCGCUCACCGCGCGCUCUCCGAGGCCCCAAUUGCUGUGGGCAAGCUUUGUUGCAGAUUGGGAUCCACAUGAUGGCCUUGCCUGGGGGCCGGCACCUGGACUCCAUCCCCCUGCCGGGUCAGCGGCUGCACCUGAUGCAGGUGGACUCAGUCCAGCGCUGGAUGGAGGACCUGAAGCUCAUGACCGAGUGUGAGUGCAUGUGCGUCCUGCAGGCAAAGCCCAUCAGCCUGGAGGAAGAUGCUCAUGGUGACUUCAUCCUGGCCGGUGGCGCUGGCCCUGGAGACCCUCUGCAGCUGCUGCUCAAGCGGGGCUGGGUCAUCAGCACUGAGCUGCGCAGGAUUGGGCAGAAGCUGGCCCAGGACCGCUGGGCGCGCGUCCAUAGCAUGAGUGUGCGUCUGACUUGCCAUGCCCGCUCCAUGGUCAGCGAGUACAGUGCUGUCAGCAGGAGCUCCUCACAGGAGAUGGGCCAGAUUGAGAAACUACUAAUGGAGAAAUGCUCGGAGCUCUCAGCAGUCACAGAGAGGUGCCUCCAGAUAGAGAAUGAGCAUGUCCUGAAGCCGAUGAAGGCCUGUGUGAGCGAGACCCUGAGCACGCUGGGUCAGCACUUUGGCCAGCUGCUGGAGCUGGCCCUGACCCGGGAGGUGCAGGAGGGUGGAGUUGUAGCACUUUUCAAGGUCUGCCGGCAGGACAGUUUUCGGUGCUUAUACCCCCAGGCACUCCGCACGCUGGCCUCCAUCUGCUGCGUGGAAGAGGGUGUCCACCAGCUGGAAAAGGUGGAUGGUGUGCUGUGCUUGGCUGAGAUCCUGACGGAUGACAGCCACUCGGAGGCCACGCGGGCUGAGGCUGCAGCUGUGGUGGCCCAGGUCACCUCCCCACACCUGCCCUUUACCCAGCACCUCAGCAGCUUCCUGGAGAGCAUGGAGGAGAUCGUGACAGCUCUUGUCAAACUGUGCCAAGAGGCCUCAUCUGGGGAAGUCUUCCUGCUGGCCUCUGCAGCCCUUGCCAACAUCACCUUCUUUGACACAAUGGCUUGCGAGAUGCUCCUGCAGCUGAAUGCCAUCCGCGUCCUCCUGGAAGCCUGCAGCGACAAGCAGAGGGUGGACACGCCUUACACCCGGGACCAGAUUGUGACCAUCUUGGCAAACAUGUCUGUCCUGGAGCAGUGUGCCUCUGACAUCAUUCAGGAGAAUGGGGUCCAGCUUAUCAUGGGCAUGCUGUCUGAGAAGCCAAGGUCUGGGACCCCUGCUGAGGUAGCAGCUUGCGAGCGAGUCCAGCAGAAGGCCGCAGUGACCCUGGCCCGUCUCAGCCGAGACCCAGACGUGGCACGGGAGGCCGUGCGUCUGAGCUGUAUGUCCCGCCUCAUCGAGCUCUGCAGGUCACCCUCUGAGAGGAACAGCAGCGACGCUGUGCUCGUGGCCUGCUUGGCUGCUCUGCGUAGAUUGGCUGGGGUCUGCCCUGAAGGCCUCCAGGACUCCGACUUCCAGCAGCUGGUCCAGCCCCGGCUUGUAGACUCCUUCUUACUCUGCAGCAACAUGGAGGAGAGUUUUGUGUAGUGAGUGUGGGAGAGGAAAGGCAUUCGGCCCCAUUCUCAUGCCCCCUCUGAGUGUACAUCUGUGACCACACCUGAGUACACAGCAGCCCCCUUGCCACCUUAUUUAUACUUAAUUUAUUUUUAACAUGAAAUGGACAGAGCUAAGGAUUCUAGCAGCAGCAUCAGGCAGUCGAAGGUCUUUGGGCAUCUUUUUUGUUUUUGUCUUUGACUUCUGUGACUUUAGUUGCAGAUGGUGAAAUGCAUAAUGGCUGAUAAGAAAUAUUGUCAUGGGUGAUCUCACUUCGUCUUGCUUUCUCUACUCUCACUAUAUAACUUUGUCCCCUUUUUUUAAAACUUGGGAACCAGAGAUUUUAACUACCCAGCAGCUUUUUUUUUUAGUAGUUGGACUGGCUCUUUUUAAAUGAAUUUAAAUGAAUUUCAUAGUUUGAUAGAAUAUCCUAGGAGGAAAGUUUUAUUCUUUAAUAAAUGGUAUCAUACAAAAU